AUGCCAUCAAGGGACUAUGAAACCGAGGGACCAUCAUCCUUCGCUGAUAGGCCUUCUGUUACCAUCUCUACCUCGCACAGAGAACCGGAAGCCCCCAGGCAAACCGCACCAGUCGCUGCUCCGGUUUCUCCUACCGAGACUGAAUUCCCUUCUCUAUUUUCACCGGCAGAUUCUCACCAUAGUCAGCGUACCGCUGCCAGCAGUAUUCCUAGCAAUGAUUAUUUUUUGAUAAGGGGACUUGAAGACCCUUUUGGACUGAAAGAGGAUACAGAGGAUGUCACAACAUCUACUCCAACCUCGUCAAGGCUAUCAUACAACACCCUAAGAUCUCCAGACCGUUUCUUACCAAGUAGAAACCGGAAUAGUCCCGCAUCUUUGCCGUUUAGGCUGUCUAGAGAUCCAUGCUUCCUCUCACCUACUGAACGUACGUACCGGCUCAGGGAUCCCAGCGCUGAUGUUUUUGCUUAUCCCCCUUAUCGCCAUGCCAUUGCAGAAAGCAUUGAAAUUGGGGACUCUAGAAUCUUGCCUCGUCACUUACCUCGUUAUAUAAACCAUGGCCUCCUUAGUGAACAUCCGUCUAAUCCGGGUGAGAUUGCACCAACCAGGAGGAUUAGAACCCAUGCAGUUUGGACAUUUCAAGGCAUUACAGUAAACCCGCGUGGACCCCGCAAUGCAGUUUCCGAUGGCCGUGGAGGUCUUCUUGGGAGCGGAACCGUAGCACCCCUUUAUAUAGCGAACUUCCUCGCAAAACAAACACCAGUCCAGGAUGAUCUGGCAUAUGAAUCACGUCUUGCAUAUGCCCUAGAUGUUGACCAAGCAGCCAGGGUUCUCGAUUUAUCGCCACAACAGCCUCUCCAAGACAAGAUAGUCCCGUUGAUUAGCUCUCCAGUCAGAUGGGGCGGUAAUGGCUGGGGAAGUGACGAUUCGAACUCGUCUACUCCUAAGAAAUCGUCCAAGAAGUCAUCUAAGAAGGCAUCUAGGCCAGUGCCUUCAACCCCUUUUCGUGUUCUAGACGCGCCCCUCCUUAGAGAUGACUUCUACUGCUCUACACUGGCAUAUUGCUACACUGCCCGAGUUUUAGCUGUUGGCCUUGGGCACAGGGUGGGUGGACAGAGUAUACUGGCCGUUGCGCGUCAUGGCGGCCAGGUUACUCUAUGGAGCACAUUUGAUUCUGAACCUCGGUUUGAAUUCAAGAUCCCCCAUGCUGCAUCCAAUGUCUGCUUUAAAGGCCGCACCGCUCGUAGAUUAUCGAGUCGGGAUGGUUUGUCUUCUGUGAAUGUGGAGGAACUCGUUAUAGGCGACGAACGAGGACAAAUCUGGUAUUAUUCUGUGGAGUGGACAAGUGAUAAAUGGAGGAAACGUUACAAGUGGGAUGGUGCAAUGACUCUCAUUGCAAAGAUUGCGGCACACACGCAGCAAAUUUGUGGGAUGGCUUGGUCUCCUGAUGGUAGGUACUUGGCCACGGGUGGAAAUGAUAACCUUUGCCUCGUUUUUGAUACCGUUGAACUUGUCAGGAAGAGGGAAAACUAUGGUGUUUGCUCUUCUCAAAAACCAAACUGUCCAGGCGCCGACUCUAUACUCUCAAGUAGGCUAUGUCUACUUCAGUCCUACUUUCGAUGUGGAAAUACACAAGCCAGCGCUUUAUCUACCCGCAAUAGUAUUUCAGAGGCAGGUUCUUCUCAGCCUUCUAGAGGGAGGUCACUUAAUGACCCACCCUCAAGACAACCGCUCACCAUACCGGCAGACUCGCAAAAGCACAAGUUCAUGCAUGCUGCUGCAGUCAAAGCAAUCGCAUUUUCACCCUGGCAGCCAACUCUCAUAGCAACAGGUGGCGGUACAAACGAUCGAUGCAUUCGAUUUUUCCAUGCUAUUUCCGGCGCGUGUCUAGCUAUUAUCAACGUUCAUGCGCAAGUCACAAGCCUUAUAUGGAGCAAAACCAGGCGUGAGAUAGCUGCAACGUUCGGAUACGCCUCUCCCGAACACCCCUAUAGGAUAGCUGUCUUUGCGUGGCCGAGUUGCCAACAGGUCGUGGCUAUCCCAUGGUCGGUAGCUACAGGCCAUGAACGAUAUGGUAGCACGGACCCGAGUGACUGCGGCCGCGCACUCUGGGCUAUCAGUUAUCCGGGCGGUCCCAACGAGAUGGUGCAUCAGCUUGCUGAGCCUGCGUCCCACAGGCCCCGUGGCAAUGGUCAUGGCCCUAACAGGAGUGAUGCCGGUUCAGAAGACUCUCAGCCUUCCCUUUCUAACAAGGAAGGAGACACAUGGUGGUCGCGCACAGCUGAAGAAGGAUGCAUUAUUGUAGCUUCUAGCGAUGAGUCCGUGAAGUUCCACGAGGUUUGGAGCGGAACACCCAAGACCAUCACUGGUACUAGCGGGAUGCUGGGCGGGAGUACAAUUCUAGAGAGCCUAGAAGGUAUUGAGAAGGAGAUAGAGAUUAUUAGAUGA